AUGUUUCGUAUAAAUAAAAAUUUAUGUGAAUAUUCACCUUCGGGUAAAUAUUUAGCAACUGUUUUACAAAAUGAGUUGAUUAUAAAACACGCAAAAACAUUGCAAGAUUAUUUAUUGCUUGAUUUGACAGAUCCAAUUGAGAGUAUCGAGUGGUGUCCAAAUGAUCAGUAUAUUCUCUGUACAAAUUUAAAAAAAGGAGUUAUACAAAUAUUUACAAUAAAACGCAAAGAAUUUAAUUUUAAGUACACUGAAGGAAGUGGAGGAAUAGAAAAAGUUAUUUGGGGACCUGAUUGUAAAUCAAUAAUUAUUAUUUCUGAUUUAAAUAUUUAUCUGUCAAUAAUAACACUGACCGAGCAAACAAUAACCCACAUCUGGAAUAUUAAAUCAUCAGCAAAAUUCUUGGCCAUAAAUAACAAAACAGAAUGCUUAGCAAUUAUUUUAACAACAGAUAAAACAGAUAAAAUAGAAAUAUAUAAAUCAAAGGACUGGAAAUUAUCACGCAGAUUGAUCUGCGAUAAAUUAUUCAGCAUUGACGGGGUAUCAUGGUCACCCAAUGGAGAGUUAUUGGCUAUUUGGUGUUCAAUAAUUGGAAAAUCCCGAAUACUAAUAUACUCAAUGACAACAGAUACACACAUCGGCGUAUUUAAUGUCGAAGGAAAUAAUUUACCUUGCAGUGACACAAUUGAGAAACCAAUUAAAGGAAUUGAGCAAGUUGUUUGGAGUCCCAGUGGACAAAUAUUAGCUAUUGCUGGUUAUAAUGAAACGGUUGCAUUGAUAAAUCAUGUUACUUGGUCCGUAAUUAAUGAAUUGCACUGUAAGCCGGUAAUCAAAGAGGAUGAUAAUUAUCUUGGAAAAAUUUAUAAAGAAAUUGAUAUUACUAGGAGAGAUUGGUCUAAUUAUCUGUCGAAUAAUUUAAUACAUGAUCAACAUAUUAAGUAUACUUUGGAGCAAGUAUUAGACAGACCCAUAAAUAUUCCAAUAGAUAUUGAACCUAAAUAUUGGGACGUGUCUAUUGCAGCAAUUGAUAUUCUGUCAUUUAGUCCAUGUGGAAUUGCAUGGGAGCCGACAAAAACCCGCUUAUUAAUUUUUUCUGAGUCUCCAAUAAUUGUUGAAUGGCAUCCAAUUAAAAAAGUGCAACUAUUUGAAUCUCCGCGAGGGAUGAAAGUUAUUAAUGGCAAAUGGAGUCCCAAUGGCGAGACGAUAGCUUUAUUAGGAUAUAAUAAAACUUCAAUUAUUAAAGUGUAG